AUGUCCCCCCUCUCUCCCCAACCGCCCACUUUAAUCCCGUUGUGCGCUCACCUAUUGGCUUGUGUGCAUGCCGCCUCCGCUGCCUCGCAGACCUGCAUCUCUCCGGUCUCCGCUAGACGCGAUUUUGUGUGUGUGUGUGUGUUGUUGUGUCUGUGCUGCCCUACCAACCCGGCGUUUUGCCGGCAUGUCGCCAAGUCGCCUGUUGUACGUUUGCUGCCGGCGGUUAACGGAUCACUCCGUCUUGGCGACGAUACCGCGACCCUCGAAGCUGCCAGCUCAAACCGCGGACUACGCAUCCGUGGCUGCCCGGAUCUCGGAUCUCGGAUCUCGGAUCGCGGAUCGCGGAUCGCGGAUCCCCGACGCCGGAACUGGGACUUUGAGAUCCUCAACUCACUCGAGCUUGAACCACUUUUUCGCUACUUUGACGAUAGGAUCUCGGACCCCUCGAACCGGUGA